AUGCUUCAAACUGUGGGCCAGUUUAGUGGGAUACCAGCAGAGGAUCACCUUCACCUUCACCUUCACCUUCGCUUGUUCAUUGAAGUGAGUGACUCUUCCAAGCUGCCCGGAGUGACAGAGGAUGCACUGAGACUAAAGUUGUUCCCAUACUCCUUGAGAGACUUAGCUAGAGCUUGGUUAAACUCUUUGCCAUCUGAUUCUGUGAGUACUUGGCAAGAGCUGGCUGAGCUGUUUUUUAAUAAGCAUUUUCCUCCCACUAAAAAUGCCAAGCUCCGCAAUGAGAUUACUUCAUUUCAACAACUUGAUGAAGAAUCUUUAUAUGAGGCAUGGGAGGGGUUUAAGGAGUUGUUGCGCAAAUGCCCUCACCAUGGCAUUCCACAUUGCAUCCAACUGGAGACCUUCUAUAACAGUCUCAACGCUCAUACUAUAAUGGUGGUUGAUGCUUCAGCGAACGGGGCUCUUCUUGUUAAGUCCUAUAAUGAGGCAUAUGAAAUCCUUGAGAGAAUAUCUAACAACAACUAUCAGUGGCCCACUUCUAGAUUGUCUAUAGGUAGAAAGGUGGCUGGUAUUCAUGAUGUAGACGCCAUCACUUCUUUGGCAGCCCAGGUGUCCUUGAUUUAUAAUAUCCUCAAGACAAUGAAUAUGGGGAUGAAUCUAUCAAUGGGGCAGCCUAUGGAGACACAAAUGGGGAAAAUGGAGAGCAUUUCAUGUGUGUAUUGUGGUGAGGGUCAUACUUUUGACAACUGUCCUUCCAAUCCAGCAGCUGUGUGUUACAUGGGGAACCAAAAUAUGAAUGGUCCUUAUUCUAAUUCAUACAACCCAUCAUGGAGGCAACAUCCCAAUUUUUCAUGGAGUUAUCAAGGAGCUGGCCCUACCAAUCCUUCUAUGCCUCCAAGACCAAAUUUUCCACCGGGUUACCCCCCACAAGCACCACAACAAAGGCCACAAAACCAAGCAAUGCAAUCUAUCUCUCUUGAGAACAUGUUGAAGGAAUAUAUAGUGAAUAAUGAAGCCAUGAUUCAAAGUAAAGCAACUUCAUUAAGGAACUUAGAAAACCAAGUUGGGCAACUAGCUAAUGAGCUUAGAAAUAGACGCCAUGGUACACUGCAAAGUGAUACUGAGAAUCUAAGGAAUGUGGGAAAGGAACAUUGUAAAGCCGUCACUUUGAGGAGUGGGAAAGAGUUGGAGAAGGACAAGACCAAGCCCUCUUCAAUCCAAAUAAAUGAGGAAUUCCAAAAAGACGCUGAACUUCCUAGUGCACAAAAAUCUUCCUCUACCCAGAAUGUUGCACGGAUGCCGCAACAUUAUCACCCAGAAAGUUCAAUUUCAAAGUAG